UGAAUGGCUUCAAAUGAACAUGAUUCGAGACGCGCAUACAAAUACAGAGGCUACUCCAACUCAAGUAACAACCACUCGAAUAACUCGGGUAGAAACAUUCGCAGGAUCAGUUACCAACAUGCUUCUCAGAGUCAAGAAGAGUAUACCAACCCCCCUUCAGAAGCAGCGGACGAACCAAGAAGCUAUUUCGCGGCCGCGCGCCAUCCACCUGCGCAGCAUCGGAGUGGCAACUAUCAGCAACAGAGCAGCUACCCGCAGCCUCAGUACAACUGUGAUGCAUGGGCUAGUUAUGGAACAAGUGAAAGACCGUCGCCCAGCGUGCAACACAAUGCGAGUGUUGUUUCGAACCCUGUAGCAGUUAACCAAGAAAUACUUUCUGGUCCCUCUGUGAGUGCCUAUCAAAGUCGCAACCAUUCUGCAAUAGUAAGUCAAGUGCCAAUGUCUUCUAGCUUUAGCAAUAGUUCGAUUUCUGUGCCGCCGUCGACGCCUGUUUCACUCGCCAACAUGGUAGGAUCUGCUCUGAGCAACGUCGGGCAGCAACCCAUAAUAAACCUUAUCGACCCGAAUUCUUUCAACUUAGCGGCGGCCGCUGCUUCUGCUCCGUUUGGGUCUUUUUACGGUGGCCAGUUGCAGACUCCCUUAACUGGUUCUUCUCUGUCUGUGGGGGGUAUGUCUCUGUAUCCUUAUAUGGACCCUAUGAUGACGUCAGCGCUGGCCUUUCAGCAGCAACAAAAGCAUCAGCAGCAGUUGGCUGCUGUGGCUAGUAUGAAUAGCAGUUAUCAGCAGUACUGCAAUCUACUGUAUGAUGCAAUUAUGAGCACGUUUCCGAGGAGCAUCAACCAAGUGGUUCCUACUCAGACGCCAUUCGGGUUGUUGCCUCCGCCCUGGAUGGUGUACAACAUGAGUAUCAGCAACACCUCAACUGCUGCUAUGGCCAACUACUUCCCACCCAUGACUCCUGCAGCAGCUUGAUUUUUAUACGGAAAGCGCGUUUAAAUCUGGAUACGUUAAACGGAACUGAACAUGUGAUGUGUGUCAUGUCAUGUCAUGUCAAGUGAAAGCAACAAACGCAGCAGCUGCAAUGCAGUACAAACCAACUUUGCCGAAGACCUCGCAGAUAAACUACAUUACAAAUGUAAAGCCAAAAGCAUCCAAUGUUUCCCAUCCGAUCGUAAAAAUUGAGCCAGUAAGUAGCUACGGGGAGCCAAAUACUGUUGCAACGAAAAAUGCUGAAGUUAAAUGGUCCAUCGAAAGACCACAUGUCACUUCGACAAGUGUCGCCGAAUCGAACACAAGAAUGGCCAGCUCAACUGGUCGCGUAGAAAAUCAGCGGGGGGCAAUAUCUCCGAGAGAGUUUCUGUUGGACCAUACGAGCAACGAAACGGGUAGACAAAAUGAAAUGAUGGAAGAAGCGGGAUCUGUUAAUGAUCACAGCGAACUCGCAAAGUUGACAGUCGGAUCUCGGAGCACCUCGGGUAAUAGUGCGUUCUUGGCGCCUAAAGACUUCGCGUCUGAGUUUUUGGCAGAAACAGGAAACGACGGUGACAGCUGUAGCUCUUCCUCCGUACAGCCGCCGCAGUCGAAUCGGAAACGGUCCUUAGUUGAAAGCAACAACAAUGCGAACUGCACUAUUCCAACUGAUUCAGCCACCGGAACUGGUCGAAGAAACAAGGAGCCGCGGCUCGACGUCAUAGAGGGAGGAAUUAACUCUUCUCCUCAUUCUCUGGACGUUAAGCAGGAACCGGGAGAUAUAUAGAACAUGUAGAUGAUGGUCAUUGAAUGGCCCCGUUUCAAUGCGGAUUCUUUGAGACUUCUCGUUGAGAAGAAUUAAAUUAAAGUAAACGUUAAAAACCGACAGAAACUAUACAAUGUGCAAUUUGUUUAAUAGUGGCUCUUCUGCCGUAAAUACGUAAUAGCAAUGAUGAGGAGAGAGAGUUAUGAUGUCUCUCUUUCUCUUAUAUUUCUAGUUUAUUGUUUAUGUCUGCAAUGAUGAGUAAAUAAAUGCUUAAUAAUUGAAUUGACUCCU